CCACGGCAACAAACAUUGACAAGUAAACAUAAUAUUUGUAAAUGGUAUUCGAAUUGAUCUGUAAUCUGUGUAACAAGUAUUAAUCAAACUUCGAUAGGUAUAUUGAGUAAUUAAUAUUAUAAUACUCAUUUUAAUUUUAAAAGAUAAUAUAGUUCUUUAUUUAAUAAGUUUUUUAAAUACCAUGAAUGAUUACUUAAUAAAAGCCAUUACUUUAAUGGCCCUUGGUCAAUAUAACAAUGUUAUAAAAUAUUUCAAAGCAUAUAUGGACGAAGAACCACAUAUUCCAUUAAGCAAAGAAGUAUUUAAACUGUUAUUGAAAGCCUGUAAUAAAUUGUCGAAUGAUAAUCGAACUUAUAUACGUGAGCUAGAAGCAUACUUGAAAUCACUCCUAGACAGCGACAGAGAACGCAUCAUAGCCAUCACCUCAUUAUUGGAUGAAACUAGAAACGAUUUAAUUGCCAUUUGUACCGAAGUCGUUAACAUUAUUAAUACCAAUUUACUCAAAAACGUAGAAGAAAUGAGAGAAAAAGUAUUGAUUUAUAACAUGAAAGGCGAUUACUAUCGGUAUAUGUGGGAAGUAAAUAAUGACGACGCAAUUUACAGAGAAGCAACUAAAGCAUAUCAAGAAGCUAUGAGUAUAUGCCAAUGGAAUUUUAAACCAACAGAUCCAUACUUAUUACAAGUCGCAUUAAAUUUCACGACACAUCUGAACAAUGCUAAUAAUACUGAAAUGGCUAUAGUUAUCUUAAAAAGAGUUAUUCAAAACGCACAAACAGAAGAUCUUCAAAAUUAUGAUUUCUUAAAGAAAUCAUAUGUUGAACUAGUUUUGAAAUACUUAAAUGAAAGCUUACUUCGAUUUCAGAAUAUUUUCAACCAAAAUCAAGUACAAAUAAUUGAACUGAUGGAAGAAUUUGAAAUUGAUUAUCGUUCAAGACGAUCAGGCUGAUACUGUUCCGCUGUUCUUUUAAAACAUUUUUAUUUAAAUUUAUACUUCGCACGCGCGCGCGCGUGUAUGUGUGUGUUUGUAAUACAUAUGUAUAAAAAAUAUAGAUACUUAAAUAUA